AUGGAACGAAGGGAGCGCGACCGAAAAGAAUUAGAUAAUUUGCUGCAAGAGUCUAACGAUGGAGAAGUUAGUGUUUUUUUUACUUACAUUUCGGAAAAACUCAAUAUUUUAUUGCCUAAGAUCGACCUACAAAAGUAUCGCGAGCAACGAUCGAAAAUGCGGCGUGCAGAGGCGGCUCGUUCACGAUAUCAACGCAUGAGCGACGAAGAGAGAAAAAACUGGUGUUCCAGGAUUUAUAAUCAUCGACGGCGGCUUCGAGCAUUAGGGCUUGAUCCGGACAUGCCUAAAGGACAGUUUGUAGACAACGAAGCCAUCCGGGAGCACAUUAAAAUGGCAAACGCCAAGAAAGCUGAAGCGGCAAGAUUGAGAUAUCAUCGUAUGUCUGCUGACCAGAGGCGAGAAUACAAUCAACGACGAACAGAGUCAUUUCGAAAACGUCGUGUCGAGGAAGAAAUCUUGCUGUCCACACCAGCUGGUCGUAUUUCUGCUGAAGCUUUACAGAAAGCUCAACAAAUAAUGAUAAGAAAUGCACGUAAGGCUGAAGCUGCUCGAGCGCGUUAUCAGAAAAUGUCACCAGAACAGCGAAAGGUCCAUUAUUUAAAAAAACUAUAUUCCCGACUCAUCUGGAUUGAGUUCAUCGUAUCAGCACAACAAUGCGGUAUCAUUGAUGGAUUCUGGUGA